GUCCUCCAACACCAGGUACAAAGUCUACCAUAUUCGCUCUUCCGGGGCACAUUUGUGCCCGCUCUUCAUCCAGCGCCGGUCAAUCUUUGGUGGUCCUUGGCGUCUGGUCUGAGCCUCCAACACCAUCAUGUCCUUGUCAGCGUCCGAACCCCGACUACUUCCCACCACCGAGCAUCUAAUGCCGGUGGAGGCCAUGAAAGCUGUCAUAUGGGUCGGCUUUGCAGUCUGCUUCAUCGGCUUCUGUGCACGCUCAUACAUCAGGUGGAUAUGUUUCCGUCGCCUCCUGCCCGAGGACUGCAUCAUGAUGGUGGCACUUGGCAUCCAGCUCGCCGCAGCUUGUGUCGCCCAAGUACGGCUACAUUAUGUGUACAUGCUCGAGGAUGUUUCUAACGGCUCGAUCCUCAUACCCGCGACUUUCGCCGACGACGUGCCCAAGGCCCUGCACGGCAUCUUCAUCCAAGGAAUCCUUAGCAUCACGGGGGUCCACGCAGUCAAGUUGAGCUUCCUCCUCUUCUUCCAUCGCCUCGGUCGCCAAAUACCCAAGUACAUCAUGUUUUGGUGGUUUGUCGCGUUUGUGACCCUAGCGUCAUAUGCCGUCAGCAUCGCCCUCAUUGAGUACAAGUGCAUAUUGAGCUCCCUCGACGUCAUCUUUUCUCAGUGCACCGCCAACGGCGAGACUGCACGACAAUGGACCUACAUGGUGGCGUACUGCACCAUUGACGCGGCCUCGGAUCUACUCAUCCUCUGCCUUCCCAUCGUCAUCCUGUGGAAAGUUCGGCUCACCAUGCGGAAGAAGCUGAUCCUCGGCGCCAUCUUCUCCUUGACCUUGAUCACCGUCGCUGUGACCAUCAUCCGCGGCACUAUCCACACGGGCAGGGUUGUCACUGACGGCUCCCAAACCCAAAACAUCGCAUGGACAUGGUUCUGGCUCUCGAUCGAAUUCAUCAUGGCCUACAUAAUCUCCUGCCUCGUCUCCUUCCGCAUGCUCUUCGUGCACAACGAGCGACCCUCCAGCGCGCGCGCUGCCGCCCACCACCAACACCACAACCACAAACACCACCACCACCAGCCCGAAAAGCACCACCUCUCCCCGCCAGCCCGCCCCUCCAACUCCUCCAAACCGCCCCGCAAGCGCCUCCUCGACACCCUGCUCGACACAUUCCACGACUGGGAGGGCACGACCCGUCAUAGCAACGACAACCGCUUCCUCAACCGCACGCUGCCCUCGGGCCGCAUGAGCGUCGACUUCAUGCGCUACCCGGCCGGUCAGUCCGUAGAUGAAGGUGUGUACCAUCCGCUGGGGGAUAAGAGUAUCCGCACGACGAGCAGUACUAGCACGGUUGGUGGUCAGCGUGGUGGUGGUGAUGGUGGUAGGGGUGAUGAGGAGGAGGAGGAGACACCGGAGUCGGCGAAGACGCCGACGGGACAUCAUGUGUAUGAGGUUGCGCAGGUGGCGAGGCCGAUGAGCGCGAGGAUCGUGGUGCAUGGGAAUCAGGCGUCGCAGGAUAUGGGGUUUCGGUUUGACUUUGGGCAGCCGGGGGGAAUGCGGUGAGGUUGGGGUUGGG